UAGCGGCUAGCGAGGCGUUGUGUUACUCCGCCAGAUAAAUAUAGUUAUUCAUGUUUGCUGCUACAAUAGCAAAAUCGCUGUAGAUUGGAUAAUAUACAGGUUAGGUAUGUAAAUUGAAAACUGUCGGCGUGUUUUUGAGGGGUUUUUGUUAGGGCUUUAGUGUUAAAAUAGGUACCCAUGACAAGCAUUGUUAGCUGGCUCAUAGUAACUUGUUUUCUCUCGUUAGAACACACAGAAAAGGGAAGGAAAUAUGUGUUGAUGUUUCAUGUAAGGAUUGUGAAUGAUGAGCAAAAUUAAAAAAAAAAAAAGCCCAGUUGUCCUUUAAAAAAAUAUGUAUUUAUUUAUUUAUUUAUUUGGUAUUAUUAUAGGUACUUGUUUGUAUUUUUCUUAUGGACACCUUUUGAGUGUUAAGUUUCUCAAAGUGUAAGAAAAAAGUAGCGGCUUAUACACCAGAAAUUACAGUACUUUCCAAGGCUGUUGGACGGUUCUAAACUGUCUGAUGUUCUUGGAGUUCUUGAAGUCCUUGGGAAUCCAGGCAUCCCUUUCACAGCUCCAAUGGCCUGCUGUACUCCUUUGAGGGCCUGGGCUCUGUAUGGUGAUUCCUGGCUGGGCUGAUCAUCUGGUUGGGGCCGCCUUUUGAAAUGGUUAAAACCCCAAAAUAUAAUGAAUAUUGGAUUCCUAUAUUUCAGGCUGAAGUAAUUUUAAAAUAUUGACUUUUUUAAAGUGAAAAAAUAUAAAUAUAUAUUUUAGUAGUUUUUGGGGAGGUGACAUUUUGUGGUUAGUGAAUUUUAAGGACUUCUUAUGGUUAAAUUUUUUCUCAACUGUGAAAAUAUUAUGAUCUCUGAAAGCACCUGAUGAGUAUGACUUGCAGUUAAACUUGUUAUCUAAUAACUUUGUCAUUGUAAUUAAACCUUCAACUUAUUGGCCUGUCCUGUGUGAGAACCUGCUCAUCCUAAAAUUGCUUCUGAAACCAAUUAAAACACUACAACAUCGGCAUUCAUUCUGGCACGUAGCCAUUUAUCCUGUAAAAUGACUUUGACUCUUAAUGAGUUUAUGGAUGACUGUACAUUCCAGCAGCUCAGAUUCCUACACAACAACCAAAACAGUGGAACUUUAAAGAAGAAUAAGUAGGUGACAGAACUAGCGGUAUUUGUCAGACUGGUUUACCCACAUUGGGGAGCUGCAUAACUUCACCAUCACGCCACACCCAGUCUUGCCUAUAAAAUAAAGGACCCUAAAAGAUGCCAGACGCACAACAGCGGUUCAACCAGCAGCUGACCUCUUGAGCAGAGAACUGUCAACACAUUGCUACCAUGAGUGCGAGGAGCAAGCGAUCCAGCCAUGGGGGGAUGCGUAUGUCCUCUCCAGGAUUCAGCAGCAUGUCCUUGGGAUCCUAUACCAUCCCUAAGGCCACUAUUUUGGCUAACCAGAUCUCACCUGUGACCGUCAACAAGAGACUGCUCACCCCAGUGAAGAUUGGCAUUGACCCCAUCAUCCAGGCUGUCCGCACCAAAGAGAAAGAUCAAAUGAAGACUCUCAAUAACCGCUUUGCCUCAUUCAUUGAUAAGGUAAGGCACUUGGAGCAGGAGAACAAAAUGCUGGAGACCAAGUGGAAGCUUCUGGAAGGGCAGCCUCCUCGUACUUCCAAUGUUGAGCCCCUGUUGAAGUCUUACAUUGCCAACCUGCAAAGACAGCUGGAGGUUCUCACCAACGACAAGCUCAGACUUGAAGUGGAGACUGCCGCUAUGCACAAAAAUGUGGCUGACUUCAAGACAAAGUAUGAAGAAGAACUCCUCAAGAAGAGUGAUACAGAGAAUGAUUUUGUUACUCUCAAAAAGAAUGUAGAUGCUGGCUAUUUGUUGAAAGUGGAUCUACUCGACAGGGUGGCCAGUCUCAAUGAUGAACUUACCUUCCUCAAGGCUUGGAAUGAUGAGGAGAUACAUGAGCUGCAGGAGAGCCUGAGGGACACAUCUGUGGUGGUACAGAUGGACAACUCCCGUGAGCUGGACAUGGAGGAGAUUGUGGCGGAUGUCAAGGCUCAGUACGAGGAAAUAGCUUCACGUAACCGCGAAGAUGCUGAAAUCUGGUACAAGAACAAGUAUGAGCAGAUUACAGCUGAGGCCGACCAGUACGACAAUGAACUGCGUAGCACCAAGGGGGAAAUACUCGAGCUCAAACGAAUCAUCAAAAAUCUACAGAAUGAGAUUCAGUCUGUGAAGGGACAGCGCAUGAACAUUGAUGCCCAGAUAGUUGAAGUCGAACAGCGUGGAGAGGCAGCCACCGAUGACGCCAAGGAUCGCAUCAGGGACCUGGAGCUGGCUUUGCAGAAGGCCAAGCAGGAUAUGGCGGACCAGGUCCGAGAGUACCAAGAACUCAUGAAUGUCAAGUUGGGCUUAGACAUUGAAAUCUCAACCUACAAGAAAUUGCUGGAAGGAGAAGAGGAGAGACUUGGACAAGAUACUAUCCUCAACAUCCAAGCAGUGCCCACUAUGCCGAAGCAAAUCAUCCUACAAGAGCCGCGAAGGUCGAAUCCUGUUCUCAUCAAGACAAUGGAGACCCAAAAUACAAAAUGAAUGUAAAGCAAUUCCUCAAACAGCUGAAAUGCGCUGUUUGUUCUUAUUUUAAUUUCUUUUACAGCUACACAGAAAUGCUAAGUGUCAUUUCUUUAUU